AUGAAGUCGGUGGCAUCCAGAGAUUAUCUUGAUCCGACUUCAGUAAAGAGCUCAAGGCCUCCAUCACAGAGGAGUACGAUUGAUAUCGGAGGUAGACCCCCGGAAGAAGAUAUACAAGAACAGCGAUAUAAUUUCCUGCACACUAUCUUAAGAGGAGUUCCGGAUAUAGAGGAACUUUCGUCCUCCUCGAGUGUGGAGGGGAUUAAACCUAGUAGUGAUGAGACCAUUAGAAAAAAAAAAGUCACACUUAAACCAGAAUCCUUCGUGUGGGAGGAAGGCACCCAGUCCCUCGACCUAGAACUGGAAAGUGAACCUCCCAGGAAUUCUAAAAGCCCAAGCCAGGUAUCGGAAAUCAGUCUCUGCAGCCUGUCUGACAGCGAUGAGGUAAUCUCGUAUCAUGGUGAGGAGAAAUCAUCAAUCUUUGAUAUAACGGAAAGUAUGAUGAAUAUCGAACCUCGCGGCACGAAGGUUCAUAUCGAAAGCUCCUCGUCUAGCUCACUCGAGAUACGUAUGGCAAGUCUGGAGGCCAUCGAAAACUUCCUGGACCAUAUUAUCACCCAAAUUGUCAAACACGCAGAGCACCCGGAUGUUCGUAUGCGCCUUUUUCUGGACAAGAAAAAGCUGCAGGAGCAGUUGUACGUGCUUGCCAAGGACUAUCAGGAGGAAAUGUACAAAAACCAGAGCCUCGACAGACUAGUCACAGAGUACUACGCGCGGAGGAAGGUCUUCUCCUUCAUCACCCAGCCCAAUCGAAGCCAGGCGAUAAGUCACGCGAUAAGCCAACGCCGAUACAAGUUCGUGCUCGAGGAACUGGAUCAUCGACUGGAGCACAUGCACGCCCUAGAGGCUACCAAGGAGGAGCUCUUGGUCAAACUGCAAAAGGAAGAACAGGCCGGCCAGGCUAUACUGGACGAAAAGAACACGAAAUUCGAGUCCAAGGUACGGAGCAUUCUGCUCAAGGACGGCUUCGAUCGCCUGAAAGGAGUUGUCGACGACCUACUAAAGAAAAUGGUCAGAACCCGGAACGAGGUGUCUGCGGUGCGGCGGGAUUUGCUCUUCAUGCAACAUCGAUAUGCGAUGAUUUCCACGUUGGCAGAGAAAAUGGAAUGCCUUGUCAACGGCUUGUCGGUGAACCAAUAUCUGUCUAAUCAGGCUCAUAACGACUCCUUGGUCAUCAAAAUUCAAGAAAAGGACAUCGAACUGCGACGUCUCAGUGAGGUCGUCACCUACAAUAUGCACGCAAUGGCCCACUGGAAGAACAAGGAAACGAUGGCCAAGAAUAUGCUUAACCAGCUGAAGCGAAGGCUCCGCCAGCGGCAGGAAGCUAAGAAACAGUGCAGGGAUCGGCUUCACAAGGAAGUUCUGCGGCACAAGCGCCUGAAAAAGGAGCAACAGAACCUGCGCAAGAUGGGCUGCCUAAUGCACUAUCCCGCCCUGCUGAAAGAUUUCGAUGCGUCCGUUGACUUUUCGGAUAACAAGAGGAAGGUCGUGAACAAGCUGUGGGUCGAAUAUGACCGCCUGGAGCGGAGGUGUAACGCGGUGGAGAAGGACACACUCUCCGCAAGUUUCCUGUUGGGAACCUCUACGUCACCGCCGAGGGGGACCAGAAACAAUAGUAGGACAGUAGUAGGAUUUUAGGAUUCGAAAGAUCGUUGUACAA